AUGGGCGAAGGUCGGAGAGUACAGGGCGUAGGCCCGGUAGGUGAUGGUCUUCAUGAGUUGUGGGCAGUCGACAUUAUCGAUGCCGCAGCCAAUUAUUGCGGACAGGGUCUUGGGAUGGUCCUUGUCGUGGUUGGAGGUGGGAGGGGCGGGGCCCCGGAUGUACUGGAUGGCAUUGAGGUCGUCGGCAGCAAGGUGGUCCCAGUCGGGGCAGUGUCGAUGUGGCUCGGAGAGGGCGGAGCCCAGUGGAGACAACUUGAGAGACACAUCAUGAAGCUCAUUCCCGAAAUUGUGGAAGAACGAGGCAAGCUCCCCGGCGGUGCGCGGCGUCCGCCUGGUGAUGCAGUUGAGGUAAGAGCACAGCGUCAGCAGGGGAUCCUCGCCGCCGCAGGUGGGAGUGAGGAUGGUGAGAAGAAUGUUGCCAGUUUGCUGAGAUACAGGCAAAUCACUGUGCUUGAAUCCCAUGUUGACACGGCUCUUGCGGCAGAUGUUGCACGAGUCGAAGGGAUGAGUCUGGAACUUGGAGUCGGGGCCGUCAGUCAGGAAGGCCUGGAGGGGGGACGGAGUCUUGGUAUCUUGGCCGUACGGACAAUUCUGCCAACCACCUUCAGAUUCCUUCCGAUUACACUGCGCCUUUAG